GAACAAUAUUGUGAAAAAUUGUGCGGCAAUCAUCCAAGAAUUUCGUCCAAUAUUAUUCAGCAAUCAUCUUCUUCAACAAAUUCCAAACCCAUUUCAAGCGAACAUCCAACUAAUAGCAAUUGAUUUCGAUCAAUCCACUUGCCAAGAUCACUCUGCCGUACCUUAAUUCGAACCCACUAAUUUGAUUUCCAACUGGUCGAUCAUGGAGGAGGAAAGGCAUAACACAUCGAAUUUCAAAUCACAUCUGAUUGAAGAUAUUGAUGCGAAUGGGUAUUUGGUCAUCAAUAACAGCCCAAACGUUGAAACAGAGAAAAUAACUGAUGUAGACGUAGAUUCUGGGUUUGAUAAUGAAGAAGCUAAUGAUGUAAUGGGAAUGGUUUUCGAUUCUCCCGAUGAUGCAUAUGAUUUCUACAAUCGCUAUGCGUUUUUACAUGGAUUUGGAAUACGCAUAUCUUCGGAUUAUAAAAAUAAGAGCACAAACGAGCCUUAUCGAAAGAUAUUUGUGUGUAACAAAGAAGGUUUUAAAAACAUGAAGUGUAAUAGUUCUAAUGGAGAUGUUAAGAAACAUCAUAGAGAUUUAUGGACCGGGUAUGAAGCAUAUAUUCGGAUUUCAAAAAGUAAAGAAAGGAAAUGGUUCGUGGAUAGAUUUAAUGACUCACAUAAUCAUGAGCUAACUAUUACUCCAACCAAAGUAAUGAGACAUUGGUCUCAUGGGAAGUUUCACCGUGCAAUGGCAUGCAAAGCCCUAGUGACGGAACUUGGCCAAUCCGGGUUGAAACCUUGUCAAAUCAAGAAGGUCGUAAAUACCAUGAAAGAUUCAUAUGAAAAUGAUGUCUCGUCAAAGCAAUGUGCAGAUAUCUUAGCAGAGCAACGAAAACAAUAUAAAGGUAAGGAAUUUUACGGGCUUAUUAAACAUUUCCAAGAUAAACUAAUAAAAGACCCUAAUCUUUAUUUUGUUGUGGAUUUAUUUGACGACGGGUCUCCAAGAAAUAUUUUCUGGGUUGACGGGAGAUCAAGAGACUCAUAUAUAAAAUUUGGGGACAUCGUUGUGUUUGAUGUCACAUAUAUGACCAACAAAUUUAAGAUGCCAUUUGCUCCUUUUGUUGGGGUGAAUCAUCAUGAUCAGUCAAUACUUUUUGUUGGGGUGAAUCAUCAUGUGUUAUGCUAUAUUUCAUGUGGUUCUUUCUGGGUUGGGGUACUGGUGUAUGAUAAGUACAUCAGAUUAAGAUUAAGAGAAGACUGAGAAUUGGCUGGAAUACAACAUCAACAUCAAUAACAGUCGGCCAUCGCUAGAGGAACAAAAGGAACGCAAGCGAUAAUCAUUAUUAUACUCAUAUUAAACAUGUCAAAAUUCAUUAAGUUAUUAUAAAACAUGUCAAACGAACUUACAAACUGUAUAAUUACAUUAAUUACUAGUAACAAUUACAAAUAGAAUACAUAGUCACUAAAUUGUUACAUUAAAUUCUCUCUGAGUGAACCGCACGAGAUAAUAUCAUGAUAAAUCAGCAGCUUGUUGCUGCAAGUGUCUUUCCUUAGUUGGGUCCGUUCUGUUGACUUUUGCUCCAGUUGGUUCUCCAAUUGUCUAUAUCCAAUUGAUUCCUUGUUGGCUUCUGAUUCACGAAGUUGAGACUGCAAUGAAGAUUCAAGUGAUAAGAGUUA